AUGUCCUGGCUUGUUAUUUUUCAGAUCUUCCUAGCAGUGGCUAAUUUUGAGCAGAAUGACAGGGGUCAGGAGUUCUCUGUAAUAUACAAGUGGAGCCGCAGGAAAGAGAAAUUCAUCACCUACCAGAGGAUCACCACGCACAGCGCUAGGGACUGGGAGGCAUUUGUCAUUGAGGGAGAGGCUUUCCUCGCAGUGGUCAACCACAGAGAAGGGAAUAACCACAACAUAGACAGUGUGAUAUAUAGGUGGAACCCCAGAACAGGAUUGUUUGAAACCAAUCAGACCAUCCCUACCUCUGGAGCCUACGACUGGGAAUUUUUCACCAUCGGGCCGUACUCCUUCCUGGCUGUGGCUAACACGUUCAAUGGCACAUCCACUAAGAUCUAUUCGCACAUCUACAUCUGGCUCAAUGGCUCUUUCCAGCUCUUCCAGUCUAUUCUGACUUUCGGUGCUGCUGACUGGGAGGUCUUUCGUAUCGGCAACAGAGUCUUCCUGGCUGUUGCGAACAGCCACAGCUAUGACAGCGGGAUGCCGGCACCCUCUAACUUCUACGCCAUCAACUCCUCCAUCUAUGAGCUAAACAUCACUGCCCAGAUGUUUGUCAAAUUCCAGGACCUUCUCACUUACAGUGCCCUGGACUGGGAGUUCUUCUCGGUCGGAGAUGACUCUUUUCUGGUGGUAGCAAACUCCUUCGAUGGCUUCACCUUCUCUGUUAACAGUAUUAUCUACAGGUGGCAAGGCUAUGAAGGCUUCGUAGCGGCUCACCACCUCCCCACUGUCGGCUGUAGAGACUGGGAGGCAUUUCACACCGCCGAGGGCUCCUAUCUCCUCUACUCUAGUGCCAAGGAGCCGCUUUCCAAGGUGCUCAAGCUGAAAACCACCUGA